GCCCGGUCUCUAUGACAGCAACAUUCGUUUCCUUGGCAGCACAGAACGUCCAAUUUCAUUGGUCCAUUGUGAGAGCACAAAGGGGAAAGGUUAAAGUGAACGGCGUGGGGUAGCAACAGUGUCUGAUAUGCAGGAAUAGAAGCAUAGUUGUGCUGCUGAAAAAAGUAAAUUAAUAUAGUUUGAUAUUUUAUUAUAUAUAAAAAAAAUCAAUAUUAACAAGAUAGUAGUAAUUGAAUUUCUAGAAGGAAAUACUUCCGAAUCAUUUCACAUUUCUGUUCCGAUCGUCGUGGCAUAAUCAACCCAAUUUGUAUUCUGUGUUUCAAGUAUUAUGGGGCUGCUUCAAGUACUAGAACCAGAUCAGUCUCUGCAAAAGGGAACUUGGUAUGCCCUUGUGCCACGAGGGGAGAGUCCUGGGGUUCGAGUCGGUCACACAUGCACCUACCUUCCCAGCGCUGCGGACAACCAGGGCAAAGGGAAGAUCCUUAUUGUAGGAGGUGCAAACCCUAAUGGAAGCUUCUCUGAUUCACACAUUAUAGAUCUGGAUACUCAUGAAUGGGAUAUCCCAGAGUGGGAGGGUUUACUGCCCAGGUAUGAACACACAAGCUUUGUCCCUGAGUGCAGUCCCAAUAGCCUCUGGGUUUUUGGUGGUGCAGAGCAGUCUGGCAACCGUAACUGCAUACAAGUGCUAAAUUUAGAUACGGGCACAUGGAGAAGUGUAACUGUUCGUGGGACCCCACCUUCAGCACGAACCUAUCACACGUGUACAGCAUCUAUAGGUGACAAGCUGUACGUGUUUGGGGGAGGUGAUACAGGAGCACAGCCUGUUGAUGAUGCAAAGCUUCAUGUUUUUGAUGCAGCUACUCUAACUUGGUCACAGCCAGAUACACAAGGCAAAGCCCCAUCUCCUAGACAUGGUCAUGUAAUAGUGGCUGUAGGACACAAACUGUAUAUCCAUGGUGGGUUGGCUGGAGACAAAUUUUACAGUGAUCUGUAUUGCAUAAAUACAACUGAUCUGAAGUGGGAGAGAGUGAAGGUGAAAGGAGGCGCUCCAGCCGGCUGCGCUGCGCACUCUGCAGUGUCGCUGGGGAAAUUCAUCUACAUCUCCGGAGGAAUGGACGCAUCAGGAGCAUUAAACACUAUGUAUAAAUACCACACGGAGAAACAGCGCUGGACACUCUUAAAGUUUGAAGGUCUGCCCGCCAAAAGACUUGACCACUCCAUGUGUGUCAUUCCCUGGGCUGAUCCCAAAGCAUCCAGUCCACAAGCAGCUUGUGGGGACCAAGAGUGGAAAGAUUUAGCCCAGCAAGCAGCUGACAGCACAGAAGAAGAGAAGAGCAGCAGCUCAUCCCGAGGAGCACCAGUGUACCUCUGCUUUGUAUUUGGUGGCAUGGACACUGAGGGAGGCCUUUAUAAUGACUGUAUUGUAACACUGCUUGAUUAACAAGAACACCAAUUAUAUUACAGAGUGUAAUGUGCUAUUCUCGACACAUAGCAGUUUAAGCUAUUCACGGUUUUACUGUGAGAACCAUCAUGGUAUGCCUUGUUGCUGAGCUUUCACAAAUUGAAGAGUUACAAACACCCCUACAUUUUAAAUCAGAAGCACGGUUGUGUGAAAUGUGUAUCUUGGUGUCUUAGAUUCUUAACCCAUUAAGUAACAAAUGCAUUUUUCUUUGAAAAAAUGAUAACACAAGCUGUAUUUGUGUCAUUUGAUACAUUCUGUCAAUAUUUCUUCACCGGAAAAAAAAUGAAAUCCUUUGUUUUGGCUGAUCUGUUUUGAGGACAGUCACGUAGACGUGCCGUAAUUGAAACUUGUAUUGUGUAUUCAGUCAUUGUAAAACAUCAAAUGGCUUAAACUGAUAUGCAAUGGGGCGGUCUUGCUUACUACCCUGCUUUUAUGCAUAUUGUAAAUUGAUUCAUAUUUUUUGUAUACCAGUAAUAUAACUUUGUAUUUCACACUGAACUGUCUACUUCAUAUUGAACACCAAGUGUAAAUAUAAAAGCCCCUAGAAUGUGGGGUACAGAAGUAUAUGUUCUACUCAUUCUUCUGGCCAAUAGAAUGACAAUGUAUUCACUUAUGUUGCCCAACUAAGUGUUAAACACUUUAAUAUGGAUGUCACAGUUAUCCUAAUGAAUGUCUUCUUGUUUAGAUUCACUUUGCA